GGCGUUCCGAGAGUCCUGGCCAAUAUGAUGGAGGCUCUCCGCCUUCAUGGCCUUGACUUGCAGGGCGUCUACCGAGUCCCCGGUAGGCUAUCCAAGAUCCGAGAGAUUACGUCAUUGGCGAAUUCUAAUGCGGACCUCGCUUUUGAUCUGCUUACAUCAGAUCGCGGGACAUUCGAUGGCAGGGCGAUAUCGUCGGCCAUCAAACAGUAUCUGACAAUGUUGCCCACCAGCCUGUUGGAUGCUGAGGUCUUCGCUGCCGCCAUGACAGAGGAUGUCGGUAGGUCUCUGCGGGCACCGGCAAGUUUGGCAAGAACCCUAAGGCGAUUGCUAACGGCUCUCAUGUCUUCUAUUGACUGCCCCGGUGGAAAAACAGUUAGCGACCGAGAGAGGGAGUGGCGGUUGGCCACACUCGAUUUUGCCAUGUGCCAUUUCCGGGAGGUUGUGGGGCUUCAGGCCCUCAACUGCAUGAGCCCUUGUGCACUGGCGGUGUGCCUAUCGCCCUCUCUCUUUGGCACCGUUGACAAUGUCGAGGCCAACAGUCAGAAGAUUUUAUGUCUGUCCACUAGGUGCUGGAGCUCUUAA